AUGGAAAGCCUAAGCUACGGUAGCAAUGCAAAAAUGAGCGAAGUUGCGGGAGAGGGGUUGAUAACAAUGGAGGAAUUGGGCGGUUCAAUUAAGUCGAACCUUGAUAGGGUCGACAACCACAUACCACCCACUUACCAUGACAUCCAGGAAAACACAAAGCCGCUGGAGAAGCUCGACCAGGAUUCCAUUUCACCGAUGCACAGGAAUCUCAUGCAAAACUGCGUCUCAAAACUCAAAGAACAAUGA